UCGCUCGCGCCGCGGCCGGUCCGUCCCGAGUCCCGCUGUGCUCGCGCCGCCGCCGCCUCUGCACGACGCAGGAGACCCCUACGGGCCGGUGAUUGGAGCCUCUGCGGCGGUCUCUCGAGCCCCCAGCUCUGCCUCCGGAGCCCGGCUGCCCCAUCUUGCCGCAGGAGAGGAGCCAUGAGCGGCGUCCUGAACGGCCUCUUCCCCUUGGGGCUGGUGCUGCUGGUCUGUGGCUCCCAAGGCUUUUUCCUGCCCAACGUCACACACUUAGAGAAGCUGCUCAGCAAAUACCAGCAGCAUGAGCCCCACCCCCGGGCCCGCCGGGCCAUCCCCAGGUCGGACCAGGAGGAGAUCCUCAUGCUGCACAAUAAACUGCGGGGCCAGGUGUACCCCCCGGCCUCCAACAUGGAGUACAUGACCUGGGAUGAAGAGCUGGCGAAGUCUGCGGCGGCCUGGGCCCACGAGUGCAUCUGGGAGCAUGGGCCUACCAGUCUGCUGGUGUCCAUUGGGCAGAACCUGGCCGUCCACUGGGGCAGGUAUCGCUCUCCUGGGUUCCACGUGCAGUCCUGGUAUGACGAGGUGAAGGACUACACCUACCCCUACCCCCACGAGUGCAACCCCUGGUGCCCAGAGAGGUGCUCUGGGGCCAUGUGCACCCACUACACACAGAUAGUUUGGGCCACCACCAACAAGGUUGGCUGUGCUGUGAACACCUGCCGGAGGAUGAACGUCUGGGGGGACAUUUGGGAGAAUGCGGUCUACCUCGUCUGCAAUUACUCCCCAAAGGGGAACUGGAUUGGAGAGGCCCCGUACAAAACCGGCCGGCCCUGCUCCGAGUGCCCGCCCAGCUACGGAGGUGGCUGCAAGAACAACUUGUGUUACCGAGAAGAGACUUACGUCCAAAAACCUGAAACAGACGAGAUGAAUGAGGUGGAGACAGCUCCUGUUCCUGAAGAGAAACACAACUGGGUGCAGCCGAGGGUCAUCAGACCCAAGAAAGUGUCCACCGUGAACUACAUGACCCAAGUUGUCAGGUGUGACACCAAAAUGAAGGACAAGUGCAAAGGGUCCACGUGCAACAGGUACCAGUGCCCAGCAGGCUGCCUGAGCAACAGGGCGAAGGUCUUCGGAACUCUCUUUUAUGAAAGUUCGUCCAGCAUAUGCCGCACUGCCAUUCACUACGGGGUCCUGGACAACAGCGGAGGCCUGGUGGACAUCACCAGGAACGGGAGGGUCCCCUUUUUCGUCAAGUCUAAAAGAAAUGGCAUGGAGUCUUUGAGCAAAUACAAGGCAUCCAGCUCAUUCACGGUGUCAAAAGUAAAAGUGCAAGACCUGGACUGCUACACCACCGUCGCUCAGCUCUGCCCAUAUGAGAAGCCGGGGACCCACUGCCCAAGAGUUCAUUGUCCAGCAAACUGCAGAGACGAGCCACCCUACUGGGCCCCUGUGAUUGGAACCAACAUCUACGCAGACACUUCGAGCAUCUGUAAGACCGCCGUGCACGCGGGAGUCCUCAGGAACGAGAGUGGGGGCUACGUGGAUGUGAUGCCUAUUGAUAAAAAGAAGACAUACGUGGGCUCACUCAGGAACGGCGUCCAGUCUGAAAGCUUGAAUACCCCUCAGGAUGGAAAGGCCUUCCGGAUCUUUGCUGUCAGGCCGUGAACUUCCAGUGCUGGGGAAAAGGGGGGUCUUCCAGAGGGCUUCUGGGUUUUGCUUUUUAUUUUUAUUUUAUCAUUUGGGGGUGGGCUGGGGAUACGGAGUGGCAAGAAACUUCUUUUGAGUGGUGUUCAGUGUCACAUCCUUUGUGCCUUUGUCUCAUCUCUGCACCGUGGAGAAACAGCAUCCUCCCAGGCCUGGCCGAACAACUGGUGACUGGUCCUGCUGAGGCUUGAUGGCCUCCAUCCGGUGCCCCCUCUGCACAACAGUCACCCAAGGUGGUCCUUCCUAUGUGUUCUUUGGUGGGAGGAGAGAGGAUUCCCACGGAGAGAGCACCAGACUCGGGGAUCCCAGGGUGAGGCCGUCAGGGGUGCAGGAAAAGGCAUACUGAGCACACCCAGGGGGAGUUUCAGGAAUGGGGUAGAAGGUAGUUAUUUAAAAAAAAAAUUAAAAGCACAGUCCGUUCCUACCGAUGGAGAAAAAUGAGUUUAAUGUUUGCUGGUCAGACAAAUGGGCCAGAACAGGGGGCUGGGGAAGUGAGACACAGGCUCUGCCCUGGCACCUGUCCUAGCUGGUGUCCUGCCACGAGCAGGCUGGUUCUAUAUACAGCAGUGCUGGUUUAUUUAGAGUUCAGUAGUAACUCCAGAGAUUUAUCUUGUCUUUGUCCUUCCCUUCGUCCACGUGGCCGUCUGUCUGCUGCCGUGACAUUUGGUCUCAUUGAGGACUAAUGAACCAGGAUUCUUUCUUUACCCCCUACCCAUUGUGGCUCACAUGCCAGCCCAGACUAGUUUAUGUGUCAUAGUUCACACCAGGGUCUUUGCUUUGCAAGCGAUUCUGUUUGAAGCCCACUUUUUUUUCUUUUUUUUUUAAACUAGUCUCUGUUGGUUUCACAAAGGUGUCUAAGAACAGCCAAAGAAGAGCUGUUUGGUUGCUGCUUUUUAAAAAUGACAAUUAAACAUGCAGAUUCACCUUCUUUCAGACGACCUAUUUUUUAGCAGUGGGAGGAAUAGAUUCCUUAGUACCUUCUUCACCGAGGUUAGCAGCUCUGGGAAGAGGAACAGCCUGUGGUUAUGAAAUCGUCCUGCGGCGUAAUAACCACAAGAGAGAGUAACACUCUAGAAGGAUUCCUCUUCCUGUUUUUGUGGAACAACUCUUGCCAAAUGUUCCUCAGGCUCCGAGGAGUGUGGUGCUCUCUGGCUUCCAUCACUUUAUAAAAGUUCUUCAUAAGCCCAGACCAAAACCCACAGUGAAAUAAAAUACCCCUUUGUAAAUAGCAUUUCUUUAUAGAAGGUAAAAUUCCACCCUCCAGCACCAGGCUGGCCAAUAGAUCACUUUUGUGAACACCAGUUUCAAAUUUGAUUUCACUCCCCAUCAAAAUAUUUCAAAGGCGUAGGAGUCAGCAGGAAAGGAAACAACAAAACAGCAAAAACACAACUGGUGCAUUGUGGAGUGCGUUCUUAAUUAAUACAAAACCGGAAGGUAAAUAGCUCCUCCCCUUCCCCCUUUAGGGGGUUUGUAUAAGUAAUGAAGCUCUUCACUUGACAGAAGUGAAAUUAGUGGGGCCGUGUUUUUGCUGUGUGCAUUGUGGACUUGUAGUAAUUCAUAGGUUCUGACUAUUCAACCCCAAAUGUCAGAGUGAAAGCAUUUGGUCAGCCUGUCAGAUAUUGUGUCUGGUUAUCUGCAAAGAUCUGAGUACUUGGACACUUCUGGCUAUUCUGUGGCUGUGGCUGUGUGUGCUCUGUCCAGCCUGCCAGGUUGGGCUUUUAGAAUUAGUGACAGCCCAGGGGACUUCCAGUGGGUUUGCUUUUGAAGCCUCCUGCCCGAGGCAGAAUCUGAAGCUUCCAGAGUGAGUAGACCGCAUCAUUUUAGGUUACGUUCCCGGGUUCCCAGAUGCCUCAUUAAGCAGGCCCAUCGGAUGAACAGCAUAGAAAGGCCUCACCCAGAGCCAGAUCUUGUGUCGUUUUCAUCCUCAAGAACAUUUUGAAACUGGAACCAUUUUUCUUCUGUAAAUGAAAACUAAGACUACAAAUUAUAAGCCCUGGAAACCAGGGACCCCUCUAAUUUUGUGUUUAACAGUGCCCAUUGUGACAUCGGCGCUUAACCCAUAAAAAGAUGGUGAAUCAGGCCAACAGUGUUUCUGGGUCUCCUGCCCCUGUGAUGAAAAGUUUCAGUUUCUUCCAGAUUUCUAUCCCACGUGUUCUGAGAUGUCAUAUUGUCUGUAGGCUCACUCAGCCCGCAGCUUACAUGUGUGCUUUUUUUCUAUGAAAAAUGAUGUAUUUUACUACUUCCAAUGUACAAACGUUUACUGUAAAAAAAUAUUUUGUGCUUUGCAUGAACAGGGACCACGUUGCUGUUGUUUCAAUAAAACUGGUUUGAUUUCUAAAACA